AAUCUUGUAAAAUUUUGUAAUUUGAAAACUGCUUGUCCAAACGUAACUUCGAAAUAAAUAUCUAAUAAAUAUUAAAGAGCCAUGUCUCUUGCAAUACGUAAAGGGUCCCUGGACGCCUUAGGAGUUGCAAAAUGGCUUGUGCGAAGAGACGUUCGAGUAUUGAGUACUAUGCCUGAAAAGCUUGAAGAACCAGAAAAAGUUGAAGAGGUGAAAAGACCUAUGAGACGCAAACACGGGUUCCAAAAUCCUAUGCUUGAGUACAGGCACAUCUAUCCUGAAUUUUUGCCUGACCCAAAUCCAAAAUGGAGGAAUACACUUCGAGAAAAGAUGGAACGAGCUGACAUGCUCAAAAGAAGAAGCCAAUUAGAUAUUCCAGAGUUUUACGUCGGUUCAAUUCUAGCCGUGGCCAUAUCAGAUCCGCACGCUCAGAGCAAGACAAACAGAUUUGUGGGGAUUUGUAUUGAGCGUAAAGGUUGUGGUCUCCGAGCUGAAUUCACAUUGAGAAAUGUCAUUGACCACCAAGGUGUUGAGGUAAGGUAUGAGUUGUAUGAUCCAACCAUACAGUCAAUCCAAGUUUUGAAGUUGGAGAAACGCCUUGAUGACAAGUUGUUCUACUUGAGAGAUGCUCUGCCGGAGUACUGCACAUUUCCUCUGGACAUGGACCCUGAGUUACUUCCAGAAGGCACACCAGUUCCAGUCAAUCCCAUCCAGGUAAAAUUGAAACCCAGACCAUGGCUGGAAAGAUGGGAGAGACAAGACUUGAAGGGAGUUUCAAAUAUUGAGGAACACUUGAAGGAGAAGGACAGAGUUAGGAGAGAACUGAGGAAAACACCCUGGGAGAAAUAUGACUUGAUGAAACAGUACAGAAAAACAAUUCCCAUUGAAGAUCAGAGCGAAAUUUGGGGUGAAGUGUACAAUCAAUUGCAACAAAUGCGAGUGUCCAGACGUAAGAUCGCCAGGAAGCGAGUUUCGGCUGUCCCUCAACCACAACUUGGUUGAAAUGUUGUAUAUUUGUUAGUUACAAUAUAGGUAAAAUAAAGU